UCUGUGUUUGCUCACCUUUCAUCUUUCUCAAUUGCACCCCAAUAUCGCAUCCUCCCUGCACUCUAUCCCAUCACCCUGUUUCAUUACGUUCAUAGUACCUCUCACUAUUUGUAAUUUACUUUGUUUGUUGUCUGUCUCCUCCACUUAGAGAAUAAGUUCCAUGAGGGCAGGGACUGUGUUUCUCACGUUCAAUUAUGAAUCCCCAGGCCCUAGAGCAGUAGCCAACAAAUAAUUGUUGAAUAAAUGAAUGAAUGAAAACAGGGAAGACCCAUAUACAAGCUCCCUGUGAGCACAACUUCCUGAUGUCACAGGCGCUGGCCUUGCCACUGCAGCACCCAUCUCACCUUGGACGACAGGAUUCCUUUCUGUCAUUUGUAAAACAGUGCCAAGGGGACUUUAAUUCACCUGCUUCAGCCUCUCUGGACAUAACGGUUUGAGUUCCUGAAGCCAAACCUGCACCUGUACUUUCUUUUUGCUCCCCACCCUGUACCAGCUCUUCCUCUCCCUCUGUGUCAGCACCCCGACAGCCGUCAGAGUGACCUAGGUGGACCCACACUUUGCCCAGGUGCCACCCACCUCCCCCAGCUGAUCCUUUGACUUCAAUUGGAGGAGAAGAGCGGUGAAGUCUUACGAUAUCAGCAGUGCUACCUGCUUCGUGAUCUGAACAAAUAACAGGGAGAAGGCUCAACUCUAACUCGGUGCCAUGAUGAAUUACUCAGUGCCUGCUGCGUGCCGGGGGCUGGAGAUCCCCUGCGAGGAAGUUUUUAGCUAGGAACUUUCUGUAAGCUUUCCAGGAAUGAGCCGGAGAGGGAACACUCAAGCUGGGGAUUGCUGAUAAUACACCAGUCACACAGCUGCUCCAUUCCCACAUAAAUUUAGUCCUUGGCUGGUCACACUGACACAUUUCCCUGAAGGUGGCCAGAGGGCUCAUGAAGCCAGCCGGUUAUGAAACACCGAGAAGUAUAAAAGCCUGCUAGCCCUCUGGGCUGUUUUUCCCCUGACAAAGAUGGAGGCUGUGAGCAGGCUUGUCCCCUUGGCCCUUUUCAUCGUGCCGUGUUUGGCAGAGUUCAACUGGACCAAGUCUGAAGGCAAAUCUAGCUGCCGGGCCACUGUGGGAGGCACCAGCCAAUCGGAUGCCCAUAGAGCCCUAAUCCUGCAACUCAAUCCCAAUGAGGACUGCACCUGGACACUAGAAAAACCAGAAAACAAAAGCAUCAGAAUCAUUUUUUCCCACUUCCGGCUGGAUCCCAGUGGAGGGUGUAAAAAUGAAAACAUUAAAGUUUUUGAUGGAAACUCUACCAAGGGGUCUGUGCUCGGGAAAGUCUGCAGUAAACAUGACUACGUUCCUGUUUUUGAGUCAUCAUCCGAUACGUUAACGGUUCAAAUAGUCACCGAUUCUGUAAGAAUGCAAAGAACUGUCUUCAUCUUCUACUACUACUUCUCACCCGGCAGCUCUAUUCCAAACUGUGGUGGUUACUUGGAUGCCUCCGAAGGAUCCUUUACCAGCCCCAAUUACCCAAAUCCACAUCCUGCACUGGCUUAUUGUGUGUGGCACAUACAAGUGGAGAAAGGUUACAAGAUAAAAUUACACUUCAAAGACAUUUUCAUAGAAGUGGACGAAUACUGCAGAUUUGACUUCAUUGCCGUUUAUGAUGGCUCCUCCACCACCUCUGGCCUGCUUGGACAAGUGUGUGGCUACGUGAAGCCCACCUUUGAAUCCUCGUCGGACUCGCUGACCGUUGUGCUAUCUACAGAUUACGCCAACUCCUACCGAGGCUUCACUGCUUCCUACACUUCAGUUUACGCGGGAAACGUCAACACUACAUCCUUAACUUGCUCCUCAGACAAGAUGAGAGUUAUCAUUAGUAAAUCCUACCUGGGAUUAUUAAAAUAUAGUGAGAAUAACUUACAACUAAAUGACCCAACUUGCAGACCAAAGAUAUCAAAUGUGGUGGAAUUUUCUAUUCCUCUGGAUGGAUGCGGUACAGUCAAAAAGGUAGAAGAUCAUUCAAUUACUUACACCAACAUAAUCACUCUCAUUCCGUCCUCCGCAUCGGAAGUGAUCACCCGCCAGAAGCAUCUCCAGAUUGUUCUGAAGUGUGAAAUGGAACGUAAUUCUACUGUGGAGAUGAUGUACAUAACAGAAGAUGACAUAAUACAAAAUCAAAAUGUGCUGGGCAAAUAUAACACAAGCAUGGCUCUUUUUGAAUCCAAUUCAUUUGAAAAGCCUCUGCUGGAGUCCCCAUAUUAUGUGGAUUUGAACCAAACUCUUUUUGUUCAAGUCAGUGUCCACACCUCGGAUCCAGAUUUGGUGGUUUUUCUUGAUACCUGUAUUGCCUCUCCCACGUCUGACUUUGCAUCCCCAACCUAUGACCUCAUCAGGAGUGGAUGUAGUCGAGAUGAGACUUGUGAGGUGUAUCCGUUUUCUGGACACCAUGGAAGAUUCCAAUUUAAUGCCUUUAAAUUCUUGAGAAAUCUGGGCUCCGUGUAUCUACAGUGUAAGAUUUUGAUAUGUGACAGUAGUGACCAUCAGUCUCGCUGCAACCAAGGCUGUGUCUCUAGAAGGAAACGAGACAUUUCUUCGUACAAAUGGAAGGCGGAUUCUGUCAUAGGACCUAUUCGUCUGAAAAGGGGUCAAAGUGCAAGUGGAAAUUCAGGAUUUCAGUAUCAAAUACAUGGAGAAGAAACUCAGAAUCAACCUUUCAACAGUCUGCAACUAUUUUUAUUCAUGGCCCUUGCUCUGAAUGUAGUGAUUGUGGCUACGAUCACAGUAAGGCAUUUUGUGAAGCAGAGAACAGACUACAAGUACCAGAAGCUGCAGAAUAUUAACUAACGGGUUCAGCCUUAAGUGAGACACGUUUCUCCUGAACACCAAAGGAAAUGCUACCCAUUAUGAAUAAAUUAGGGAGAGUCUCGUAAGAGUGAUGCACAGGUCUUGCUGUCAUUGUGGUCAGAGUGUGCUGCCUUGCAGGGUGGUUGAAAUGAGCGAACAUUAUGUAAGUUAGGUCUCAUGAUAAAGACCUGAAGCCACCAAAAUAUUAAAUGAAUUGAAAGCAUCCUUUUUCACAAAGCACUUUCAGUAAAUAAUUAGGUGAAAGGAAAAAAAAAAAAAGACGUAAGUCUUCAGCAUUAGAUGUAUUUAUUUUCUAGAUGCAAAUGUGUUACCUUUUGAAACAUAUACGAACGUUAUAAUUUCUGAAACGAAGUGUGACAAAGAGAAUGACCAUCUUUUUUAUUCAUACACCUCACUAUUUUAAUGCGGAGUCUCAGCAUCUUACAACUUAAACACAUCUCAGAAAAGGGCUUUGGAAAGAAGACCCUGAUUAUCAUAGGCGAGACUUCUGUGUAGUUUCCAGGUUAAUGAAUUGAAACAACAGUUCUCCCAUUUCCCAUCAAACACCAAAGCCAAACAUACCUGUAGCAAGGCGGAGUCAGUUCUGACUUAAUACGUUCCUCUCUGCUGUGGCUGAACAAAUAUUAAAGACCUCAGUGUGAACCGACUUUACACGUACCGAACAUCAUAUUGAAUUCUUUGUCUUAGAUGCACAUUACAACUCUACCUCAUCACUCAGUACCACUGUGGUUUGGGUUCUGAUCUACAUCUAAAGAGGCAACCACAUUUCUGAAUGCCCAAAGACUUCCCUCCCGUACACAUGUAUCGGGUACACAGUAAUGCCCGGGGAAUAUACCACGAGUAAGACGCCAUCUCUGUUCUCACCGAACAAGUUUUUAGGAGCCUGCUGGGUUUCCAGAUCCAAAUCGAAAUGCAGCUUCCCCAUUUUCUCUUUAAUAUGUCCACGUGGAUCUUCUAAGCACUUCCCCCAAGUGGCCAUGCGGUUGGGUGCCCUCCGCAUUCCAUCAGUAUUGACAACCCGGAGCUACUGCAGAAGUUCUCUUCCAACCUAAUGUGAAAACACUCAGAACGUAAUCAGAACGGGCAAAUCGAAUUCAGAAAAACAGAACUUACAACCUGUCUGGGUGCUGGCCCGUCCACCAUCUUUCUGUCAGGAACCGAUUGAUUUUAUGCUGGUGGCCAGGCCUGGGGGCUUCUCAGGGGCACACCAGGCACAUAGUGUAAGACUAAGGCAAUUGUCAAAUGCUGUGACUCAGUAGACACUGUAAAAUUGUAUUACCAUGCAUCAAAAAACCUUUUGCAGAGCUAUUGAGCUAUACCAAGGCAUUAUAGGUAUAAAAUAA